UGGAGCACCCAGAUCAUCGAGCCUUGGCUUUGCUCACUUCACUCAGUGGUUUGAUUCUACUGUGGAAAGAACUGUUGCUCCGUUUAUCUUUUUUUCAGAGUUUCAAAUUUGACAUCUAUAUCUUUUUAAAAAAACAACAACUUUUUUUGCCUCAACUCUUGGAUUUUAAGAAAGACAGCUGACUGUGCUACAUUUCAUAAUUUAGCUGAAAUGGAUGAAAUCAGUCGGCUGUUAGGCACCAUAGGGCGCGUCCGCAGCAACACCCUGAGCUCUGAUGCUACGCAGUCGACAGGGAGCAGGCUGGCUUUGCGACAUCGGCUCAACCAGCUAAUGACCUGUGUGGAUGACUUGGACCCCAAAAAUGAGCUCUAUGAUAAAAUGGUCAAAACUCUGGACAAUGCUUUUCUAGCCUGUGCUAAGAGAGCCAACAAACCAAAAAAAGACAGUUUCAGGCUUCACAUAGUGACAUGGAAUGUUGCCACUGCUGAUCCUCCAGAUGAUGUGAAUUUACUGCUCCACCUGAAUUCACCAAAAAGCGCAGACCUCUAUGUCAUCGGUCUGCAGGAGGUGUACUCGGGGCCAUUGAGAUUUGUGUCAGACAUGGUAUUUGAUGACCCGUGGACGCACAAGUUUAUGUCCAUCUUUGCGCCGCGGAAAUAUGUCAAGGUAUCAUCAAUGAGAAUGCAAGGUCUGCUGCUGCUCUUCUUUUCCAAAAUGAAGCACAUCCCUUUCAUCAGAGACAUCCAGGCCACAUACACUCGCACAGGUGUUUUUGGUUACUGGGGUAAUAAAGGCGGUGUGUCCAUCCGUUUGUCUUUCUAUGGCCACAUGCUCUGCUUCCUCAACUGCCACUUGACUGCUCAUAUGAAAUAUGCAACAGAGAGAGUCGAUGAAUUUGAGUACAUCAUGGACAUGCAGACGUUUAAUUGUAAGAAGGCUCCCAGAAUAGUUGACCACAGGCUGGUUUUCUGGUUUGGAGAUCUUAACUUCCGGAUACAGGACCAUGGCAUGCACUUUGUACGCUCCUGUAUCAACAACCAAACCUACAACCUGCUGUGGAGGAAUGACCAGUUGAUCAUGAUGAAGAAAAAAGAGCAGUUGCUGCAGGAGUUCGAGGAAGGACCGCUGGACUUUCAGCCCACAUACAAGUUUGACCUGAACUCUGAUACUUACGAUAGCAGCGGUAAGAAGCGGAAACCUGCCUGGACUGACAGGAUACUGUGGCGAAUCCGACCAAUAUCCCCGCCCCCUGAGAAGGAAGAUGAAAACAAUAUUGGACUAGAUGUAAAGAAGGUCAAACAUCUUGAAGAGGAUGAGGAGUAUCCUCUGAAGGUCAAGCAAGACUUGUACAUCAGCAACAUGGAGUAUGGCAUCAGUGAUCACAAGCCUGUGGUCAGCAUCUUCAUGCUGGAGCUGACGAAGAUGUAUGAAGUUUCUCUGGUCCAUCUCCAGGCAGAGGGUGACUGGAGUGCAGACAUCGAUGCCAUGGUUCUCUACACCCCACUACAGCCAUUUCCAUCCAGUGCCUGGGACUGGAUUGGACUGUAUAAGGUUGGAUUUAGCAGUGUGUCAGACUACAUCACCUACACCUGGGUCAAAGACAACGAGGUGGCUUUCAAUGAAGAAGUGAUGCAGGUGUUUGUUAGUAAAGAGGAAAUCCCUGUGAGAGGAGGGCAAUGUGUGCUGUGCUACUACAGUAACACUCUACAGUGCAUCAUUGGGAUUAGUAAAGAAUUCAAGGUCCUGGAGUCCCAGGUAGCUAUUGAAGAAGGUUUGCUUCCUGAGAGGAUCAAUGGACUUGACAAAAUCACAGGAAGGAAAGAUUUCUGAAAUAAGUCUUUAAGGAGCUAUAGAUGCGUUUUGAUUUUUGACAUGGGUCCAAUCACAUGAACAUCAGCUUUGUUUUUAUUCACAUUUCGGAAUUUUUGCCUGUUUCGAUUGUGACCAAUCACAUCUGAACUCUGUUUUGCUGUUGUGUUAUGUUGGUUUCUCAAAUCUCUGCGGUCGCUACUGAAUUUUUUUUUUCUUUUUUGAUUGGUCUCUUAAGUGCUUUACAAGCAUUAUUUUAUCAGAUGAAUUUAUUUUAUUAAAAUGAGAGAAGUAUGUUGUACAAUCAGUUUAAGCUUUGUGGUAACAGGAGAUUUAACACACCUGAUAUUUGAAUUGGCUGGUUAGGGUUUUGGAUGAUGAAAUACGACCAGAAAACUAUCACAUGACCCCAAAAAGGAAAAGGGAAUCACAAAAGUAGCAAAGCUCAUCAGCCAAUUUUGUUUGCAGGGGGCAAUUUGUUCAUAAUGUUUGAGCAGUUUCACAGCGGACAAGGAGCAUCUCCAUCUACCCCUAAUGUAGCAAAUACCUAGAGAGUGUUUCCCAACCCUGCUUAUUUUAUUUCAAUUGUGUGAAAUAAAAUAACAGCUUAGUGUAUGCCAGUUAGUUAAUUUUGAAAGUGCAAACAUAAGGAAGAGCAUAAAUUGAGACUUUAAGCUUUCAAAUGUAAUAGUUGCUCAAAUCCAUGAGAUGCAGUAGUUAAAAGGAAUAAUAACCCUCAAAAUGAAAAUUCAGUCAAUGUUGUUUGACUUAUGUGACAUUGUUGUCACCUUUGUUGUGGGACAUUUGGACUGGCAGAGUAGUUCAGUGCGCUAUAAUCAAUAGUGUACUGGUGACCUAUCCAGGGUGCGCCCCUGCUUUCCCCUCCAAAGAGAGCUGGGAUAGGUUCCAGCAGAUCACCUGCACCCUAAAUACAAAUAAGCUGGUAGAGAAAAUGGAUGAAUGAAUGGGAUGCAUGGUGGAUAAAACAUUACAUAUUCAGUGAAACAGUCAUUUACAUAUCUUAGUGUCUUGUGUCUUGUAAAUAGGUGAAUCCUGUACAUUUCAGCGUUUUGACAGCCAUGGGUUUAAGUACUGGCGACUGCAUUGAGUGCUUAUUUUACAGGAUAUUAUCGGAAAUCAAGACGGUGGUUGAUUUCGUCUGGUACUUUUUCCUUUCCACCCCUUGAAACAUCUGACAUGGGCCUAAAAGCUCGUUCUUCAAUAAGGAAAAAUAGUAAAUGGUUUAAGUUUUAGCCCACCGCUCUUGAUCUGUGUACUAGAAGGUGUGAAGAUUUUGCAGUAUAUUUUAUUUUAUGUAUAUACAUGUAGGAAACAAAACUGCAGGCAUAUUUUAGUCAUGAUUCAUUGCAAUGACUAUGUUAAAGGUACGUUCGUUUGUAUAAGAGAAGCUUAUAAAUACAAAUAGCAUCAAAGUAAACUUUGGACUGUAUAUUGUUAAUGCAUAAAUAUUUAUAUUAUAUAUUAUAUUUUAAAUGUUUAAUGGCAAAUAAUAUAUUUACUUUUUUGCAUAUUGAUUCAGCAAGUGCCUUUGAAAUGAUUGUUGCUUAAUUUUUAUCUUGCAAUACUGCUUAAUUUUGAUACAUAUAUUGCUAAAAGAUUAUAACAAGAAGGCUCAUCUCUUGAGAUUGAUUUUAGAUAUAGCAUUUCUAAACUUUGAGCUACAUCUGAAUAUUGUCAUUGUUGACUUGCUGGAAUCAGCUAUUUAAUUUUACAGGUUAUGUCACUGUUUAUUACAACAGAUUAUUUCGCGAAAUAGCUAGUAGAUGAAUUACUGUAACAGAAUAUAUAUCAUAGCUUUGCAAAUGCAAAUAUUAAAGACCUUUCACCUGUCC